CGUGACACUUGCCAAUAAAAUAAAGAAUGAGGGGAAAAUUAUCUAGUGGGCAGUAGGUUUUCUUUGUUCUCUCAAAUCUAGGGCUUUUUGUUGUUCUUCUAGUUCUAAAAGCUAAAAGCCUCCCCCUCAGUUAUCUGGGUUUGUUUCUACUCCGAUUGAAGAAGAUUUUUUGGCGGCCUCACUCAGAUGGCGGAUGUGGACCCGGAGAAGAAGGUAGGGGAGGAGGAAGAGACGAUAAAGGGUGGGGAGAUUCUGUUUUGUGGGACCACUGCUUGGGAUGCCGUCGGUCGCCGUAAGGUACCGGCCGAAUGGAAUUUGAAUUCACCGACAAGGCUCCGGCCUCUCAUGGGCGUCGACAUUCGUUUCGUGGCUUCUGGUUGUGUGUCUUGCCAUUGCGUGGCACUGGACGUUGAAGGGCGUUGCUACACGUGGGGUCGCAAUGAGAAGGGGCAGCUUGGUCAUGGAGAUACGAUUCAGCGCGAUAGACCGACUGUUGUUUCAGAAUUGAUUAAGCAUAAAGUCAUUAGAGCAGGGGCUGGAAGGUGUCAUACUGUGGUAGUAACCGAAGAUGAACUCUCUCUUGCUUUUGGUUGGAAUAAACAUGGGCAGCUUGGUUCAGGUUCUGUAAAAAAUGAAGUUGAACCAUCUCCAGUUCGUUGCCUCGUGUCUGAAGUCAAAACUACUGCUUGUGGAGGUGAUUUUACAGUAUGGUUAACAUCCACAGAAGGAGCUUCUAUAUUGACUGCUGGUCUUCCACAGUAUGGUCAGCUUGGCCACGGUACUGACAAUGAGUACAAUACUAAAGAUAGCUCUGUGAGGCUUGCUUAUGAAGCUCAACCCCGUCCUAAAGCAAUAGCCUCUCUCUCUGGAGAGACCAUAGUCAAAGUUGCUUGUGGAACAAAUCAUACAGUGGCAGUGGAUAAGAAUGGUCACGUAUACACGUGGGGCUUCGGUGGCUAUGGAAGGCUUGGACAUAGAGAACAGAAGGAUGAAUGGGCUCCUCGACGUGUUGAUGUUUUCACAAGACAUAAUAUUCUGCCUCCUGAGGCAGUAGUUUCUGCUGGUUCCGCCAAUUCCGCAUGUACAGCUGGAGGAGGACAGCUUUACAUGUGGGGCAAGAUGAAGAACACGGGGGAUGAUUGGAUGUAUCCCAAGCCUCACAUGGAUUUAAGCGGCUGGCAUCUACGCUGUAUGGAUUCUGGCAAUAUGCACCACUUCGUUGGAGCUGAUUCCUCUUGCAUAAGCUGGGGUCAUGCUCAAUCUGGAGAACUAGGAUACGGACCCAGUGGACAAAAAUCUUCUGCAGCUCCUAAAAAGGUAGAUAUUUUAGAGGGAAUGCAUGUUAUCAGUGUUGCUUGUGGAUUUGCCCAUUCCAUGGUGGUGGUUGAUAGAACCAAUAUAGCGAAUCUACUUGAACAGCUUGAAAUAUAUGAUGGCAAAGAUGCUGGCGAAGCAGUGAAUGAAGAACUUGGGAGUGGAACUUCUGUUCCUAACAAAGUUAACAAAAAGGGUUCUGUUAAGAAAUCGGAAAACUCGAAAAAGAGGAAGAAAUUGGAAGACUCAUCGGAUGAGUCCGAAGACAGUGAAGAUAGUGAAUCUGACAGUGAUGACAGUGAAGGACAACUGAAUGGGCAUGCAGAACAUGGAAAGAAACGAGGUGGAAAGGCUUCGGGCAGAGGACGUGGCAAAGGUGCUGGUAAAUCAGCCACAGAAAAGAAAGGCAGUGGUCGGGGACGGGGCCGCCCCCCAUCAGCAACUAAAAGCUCAGAGUCUGCAGGGGGAAAAGGAUCAGGGAAAAGAGGAAGGCCUAAGAAGUCAUGAGGGAAGUUGAAGGCACCAAAACUGCGGCCCUAAACUUCCUCCAGGUGAGGUGGCGGAAGAUGCUACGCUGAUGUGUGUGUAUCCUGAAUUUGAGAGCAAAACCUGAACGAGGGUCCCAUUGGUGUGCAUCCAGUAUGAAUUGAACCUACGAAUUCGCUGUCGCUUUUGGCUCAGGCUACUUUUGCUUCUGGGAAGGGCUAGCUUGCUGUCUAGCCCGUCGAAGUUUGCAAGAAGGAAGUUUGCGCUUGAUGCAAAUGGUUAAAAUAUCGUCUGCUUUUUUUCUCAAUAAAAAAUUAGACGUUGAAGUAUGAAAUGUUUUACACUGUUCAUAGUUGA